UUUGCACCAUUAAUACUUUUUCUUGUUUCAUAAUGAUAACUUGCGUUGUAGUGUGCUGCAUUAUCGCAUUUAUCACCGAGUGAUAGGUGCGUAGCUGUAAUGAAUCCUAACCGCAUUCACUUUUGACAGAUUCAAUUCAUCCUAAGACUGAUACGAGGAUGGCUGAUACAAUCUCCCAGAAAGCAGGAGCCUCUAGCGGGAGAGCGGUCCUUGCUGGGGAGCUCAUUAUGGAUUGCGCGCCUUUGGUAUGGUCGCUGGAAUGGCGUAAUCACACGGUGUUUUGUGCACACUGCCUCCAACGUUCGUCGCAUUUGAGAACCUGCACGCGAUGUCACACGUACCGCUACUGCGGGGAAUCAUGUCAGAAACAAGACUGGAAGAAAGAGCACAAGUCCGAAUGUUUGCUGCUGAAAGGCAUCAGCGAUUACAAAACGAAGUUAACGAACUGUCGAUCGGUUUCGACGUGGGAAAUGGAUUCGUUAUUAACGGUGGAGGUGUUGAUGCUGAUCAAGAUGAUGAACGGGAUCAAUAACAUUCUUAAAUGUGGCUUUCUGGCUCGAUGGCAGGCAUUCUCGCAUGAUGAGAGGCAAUCCACGUCCGUCCAAAAUGUUUUGAACUUGUUUCCGUAUGAUCAUACGAAGCAGAACCCGAAAUUCCUGCAGCUUGUUCAAAAAAAGCUCUUCCGAGACCUUUUGAAUGCGGCUUUCGCGGAGUUGUCAAGGGAAUUGCCAAAAUCCUUUUCCGACGCUCUUCUCAUCGAAAUGUACAACAGAAUCUGCCAGAACUGUCACUGGAUGGCUGACCAUACCGAGGACAAAGCAGGCCGGGCGCCGUAUGCGGCAGGACUGUAUUUCGACGCGUUGCAGUGUAACAUGGUGCGGGUCUGCUCGGAUCACAAUGCCACGGUUGUCUUCCAAGGCAAACGACUGCAGUUGCUGGCUAUUGAAGAUAUUCCCAGUUACACUGGACUCCAAGACGUGAGAGAAUCCUUUCGCGCGAAAAUCGACAGUUUUAUUUUCAAUAACAACGAACGUUAAUUUGCAAAUGCGGUGCUGUGAUUUGACCCGCUUCCCUUUUCAAUGGCCCAUCAAAGAGCGUCGACAGUUGUUCGAAGAAGAGUUCGGACGCGUGUGCGAGUGUCGCAAAUGCACACCGGAAUAUGUAAGCGGAUUUAA